AUGGCUGCCGUCACUCUUUCACAGACGGCCACGGCCUCGUGCCGUGCCACUUUCAGCUCAGUGAAGCUCGAGUCGAAGCUCAAGAGGUCCGUCAGCCUCGCCGUGCAGCCCGCCUUUGCCUGGAAGUCUGCUGGCGUCGCUUCGACCGCCUCGUUCAAGGGUGUCGGCUCGGUUGUCGUCAGAGCGGUCGCCGAGGAUGUGCAGGGUGGCGGAAACUACGGUGCUCCUCGCGAGAUUCCAGGCACCAAGAUCUAUGUCGGCAACUUGCCGUUCAACGUCGACAGCGAGUCGCUCGCUGAGAUCUUCCAGGAGGCUGGCGUCGUGGAGCUUGUCGAGGUGAUCUACGACAGGGACUCUGGUCGCAGCAGGGGUUUCGGUUUCGUCACGAUGAGCACCCCUGAGGAGGCUCAGGCUGCCAUCGAGAAGUUCGACGGCUCAGAACUCGGCGGCCGCAUGCUCAAGGUCAACAUGCCCGUUCCCCGCGGCGAGCGCGAGAGGGGUGCUCGCACCGAGCGGCCACGUGGCGACAGGCCCCGUUUCGGCGGUAACCAGGGCAACAAGCUUUACGUCGGCAACCUGUCGUGGGGCAUGGACGACAUGGCUCUGGAGGAUCUGUUCGCUGAGUUCGGCAAGGUGCUCGAGGCCAAGGUCGUCCUGGAUCGCGACUCCGGCAGGUCCCGAGGGUUCGGCUUCGUGACUCUGUCGAGCGACGCGGAGGUGCAGGAGGCGAUCUCGAACCUCGAUGGAGCUGACGUUGACGGCAGACAACUGCGGGUCAAUGUCGCUGCUCCCAAGGUUUGA